CCGGCCCUGAUUGUUGAUUCAUUUCAGAUACUUGUGGCAGCAAACAAAGCAGUUUACCUCCACAGGAUUGGUAAAAUGAAGACCAGAAGUCUUUAUGCAGAAAUUAUUUUCAACCUCUCCCCAAACAACAAUAUUUCAGAUGCACUGAAAAAAUUUGGUAUUUCAGACAGUGACACUGAAGUACUCAUUGUUGUGAUUGAAGACAAAGAAAAAUCUAUAAAUCUGGAAGAUAUUAUAUCUCAAGUAGAAGGCGAGCAGGUUUCUUUAGCAGAACUCGCCAAAAUAACAGAUAUAGCAAAAGUUAAAAAGAUGUACAAGCUUACUCCACAGGAAGAAAAAAUUGGUACAUUACUGGAUGGUAUCAUUUGCAGAAUGGCAACAAAAGAUAUUUCAUGAAUAUGUACCAAUAAAUAUUGCAACAAAAUCACACUUUAAGACUACAAAAACACUUAUUUGUUAUUGUUCUCAUUAGUUUUACAAUCUGUCAGUACUAAAUACUUUGUUCCUCUAUUUUAUUUAAUUUGGAAGAGGAGCAAUGAUAUAAUGUAUGAGGCUGACAUAGAUAUGAUUUAUAAAUUGCUAGACUAAACAAAGUCGGAUUGCUCACAGUUUGUACUGUUUCCACUUAUUUUACUUAAUAAUUUUUAUUCAUAACUUUAACUGGUGAUAAUCAUAGUUUCAAAAUCUAUAAGAGAUGGUUAACAUUACUUUGUUAUAGAGUGCUUUACUAUCCUCACGUAUUUUUUAUCCCUCAUGACUGCUAUGACAUGUUUUGCAUUGGAUAUAAAACAUGUCGUUGAAUGAUAUAGAGAUAUUUUCACCUGCUUGGCUCGCAAAGGGGGCUUGACUUGACAACACCAAAUGUCACAACACCUGUUAGUUGCCUGGUUCAUAACAUGUAAUCCAUAGUCCUGAUCUUGAUGACCAAAGUUCCCUUCACCACUUUGAAGAGGAACAGAUGGCCCAGAAUGGGAUUCAGAGCAAUCAGGCCAUUGAGGGGGAAGUAACCUAUGUUUGCCAAUGGACAACACCGAUUUUGGGUUGCACCAUAAAUCACAUCUUUCCUAAGGGAAUUAGGCUUCUUACCUGUUGGCAGCAGAUUUUAAAUUAAUCAAUCUUUUAGGCAACUGUUAAAGAUAUACUUGAAGGGAGAAUUUUCUUUUCAGUUGUUGAAAGCAGCAGAAGAAAAAGAAUAAAAAGAUGGUUUGGGAGGAUUAUUGCCUCCAAAAUGUUGUCUGAAGCAAAACUGGAAUAGUAUAUAGUUAGAAACUGUCUUCUGUUAAUUCAUGCAGAAUUCAUACUUUAACUCACAGUAUUCUACUCGUUAUGUUGCUUUGAAUUAAAAGUUACUUUCUGUU